AUGGAGAGCACAACUAAUACUCAAGAAUCUUUCAAACCCUCAGAGACUGAAACUGAACUAAUCAACAAACUUUUAGGCCAAGAAAAUGUCAUCAUUGAUAGUGGCUUUAAAGGUAGCGUGAUCCUUAAGGAAACUCAAGCCUAAAGAAGAGCUGAACUUAUUUCUGACGUAGAAUACACCUUUGCAUUGGCGCUAAAGCAAGGAGAUCAUUACUUCGGAAAUGCAGUUGUGAGAUUCUAUCUCGACUAAAUGCCUUAGAAUGAUGAAGAACUCUUCUUAAAUUCACAAGCUAUGGCUGUAUCUCAACUUAAGAUAAAUUCACACAGCAUUAUAGACUCUAGUGGAUUCAAGAAUCAAACAAUUCCUUUAAGAGUAUAAGAUCUCAAUUUAGGAUGGAAUGAAGUAUCCUUGAGAUAUUUUACUCCAUAUAACACAACUAGAGUUGGACUUCAUUCUUAUAUUGAUCAGCAAGAUAAGAAACAAUAUCUUUACUCCUAAUUUGAAGCCUUCCAUUGCUUCAGAGUAUUCCCUUGCUUUGAUUAGCCUGACCUAAAAGCAAAGAUGACUCUAUCUUUGACAGUACCUAAAGAAUGGAAAGCAGUUUCCAACGAAAAAGAAACCAGGCAUGAAGAUGCUUAAGGAAAAGGUAAGAGAGUCCUUGAGAGAUUCAAUACAUCUUGGUUCCUAGAUUUCUAUGAAAACUUGUCUGAUGUAGUAGUCUAUUAGUUUGAUUAGACCCCUAGAAUCUCUACUUAUCUUUAUGCAAUCUGUGCUGGUCCUUAUAUCCAUUUUGAAGAUUUUGAUCCCAUGUAUCCUCCCCAAAGAGUUUUUGUUAGAGAAUCAUUAGUUGAAAAUCUUAGACUUAAAUUAGUUACAGGUGUUACAAAGACUACAAUAGAUCUUUAUCAAAAGACUUUUGGACAAAGAUAUCCUUUCUCAAAAAUAGACCACGUCAUGUGCCCAGAUUACAAGUAUGGCGCCAUGGAAAAUGUUGGAUGCAUCACUUAUUCUGAUGCAAUAGUUUGCUCAUCUAAAGAGAUGACUAUCCCUCAACUCACCUUCUUCUGUGUAGUUAUAGAGCAUGAACUAGCACAUAUGUGGUUCGGAAAUCUAGUAACUAUGAAAUGGUGGAAUGAUCUCUGGCUUAAUGAAAGUUUUGCUACUGCUCUCUCAUAUUAUGCUUGUUCUUUUGGAGGUGAGCAUGUCGAGGAGUACAAGGAUGAAUCAUGGCUUCACUUUGCCAACUACAAAAGAUGGGGUCUCAAUGAUGAUCUACAACCAUCAAACCACAAUAUAUAAGCAAACUGUGAGAGCACUGAUGUUUCUGAAUCUUUGAUUGAUGGAAUAACCUAUGGUAAAGGAGCUAGUUUGUUAAAGCAACUAAUUUUCCAUAUGGGGUGGGAUACCUUUAGUGAUGGACUUAAGAUUUACUUUGGCAGACACUCAUGGAAAAAUACAACCCUCCAGGACUUCAUUGGAGCUCUUCAAGAGGGUUAUAACAACAAAUUCCCAGAAGGAAAUUUAAAUUUGACUUCUUGGGCUGAUUCAUGGCUUAAAACUAAAGGUCCAAACUAAAUUUCUUAUCAAAUAGAAGAGGAGAAUGGAAAUAUAAAAUCGUUCAAAUUUGUUUAAGAGUUCACAAAGUUUGGUGAUUAGGUCUACAGAAAGCAAAGCAUUAAUUUAGGAUUCUUUGAUAAUGAGCUUAAUUUCAAGCAAUAUGAGAAUGUUGAAAUUAAUGAUUAAUAAGAAACUGAUGUACCAUAACUUGUUGGAGUUCCAGUUCCAAGAGCAAUUAUUGUUAACAGUGAUGAUUAUGGCUUUGGAGUAUUCAUUGUUGAUGAGAAAUCCUAUAAAGUCUUUGAAGAUAAUCUUGAUAAAGUCCCAGGCCAGCUUAAUAGAGCAGUCAUUAUAGGAUAAUUGAUUAUUAUGAUGAGAGAAAUCUAGUAUCCUGCUACUAGAUUCCCUAAAAUCCUUAAUCAAAUGAUCGAAGAGAAAAACCAAAAUCUUAUUAACACUGUAUUUGUAGCCCUCUUUGCUGCUAAGACUACUUUCUUACCCCCUCAUUUAGAGUAAUAAUUCAGUUAAGAAGUAGCUUAAUUCUUCUUAAGAAAAGCAAUCAAGGAAAAUUCUAAUAAGAGUCUCUAAAUGUUUUGCGUUGACAAAGCAAUCAGCUUCUCAAGUGACUAAAAAUCACUCCAGGUGUUUAUUGAUGUGAUCGAGUCAGGAAAGCUAAAGCUAGACGGAGAAGAGGUAGAAAUUGCUCUUACUCCAGAUCAGAAAUAUUCAUUGAUAAGACUCAUAUAUGGAUCUUAGGAUUUCCAACUAGAACAGAAGUAGGCUUUGAGAGCCAAGAUCUUUGAAAAUGAUACUUCAGAUAAAGCUCAUUAAACUUAAGCUAUAUGCGAUUAUUCACUUCCAGAUGCUGAGCUAAAGCAAAAACUUUGGAGUGAAUUAAGUGACUGCAACUCAACUGACUCAGUGCUUUAAGUCCAGCAAAAAGCAGCUGGUUUCUUUAAUAGAUUCUAAUAGCUGAGCUUCAUUGAACCUUACUUUGAUUAAUUCUAUGAAGUUGUCCAUGAUGUUGUUGAAAAAAGAAGCAGAGAAGUAGCUGAGGUAUUCCUUGCUUCACUGUCACCUGCAUUCAUGGCUAGAGAUUCAGAUGAAAAAAGCUUAUAUAAGCUUUUGGAAAAGGCUAACCAUGAAAAACAUUUCUACAUCAAGUUCCUCUAAUAAUAACUUGAGACUAUUACCACAAUCAGAAGAUCAGUUAAACUUAUUGAGGACUCUCAAUAAUGA